AUUCCUCAAGCCCUUUAUUUCUUAAAACCGCUGCAACACAAAUGUUGGAAAAACUUAAUCAAUAUAUAGUUUAUAUAUAUGAUGAAGCAGCUUUUAUAGCUUCAGUUCUUGAUUCUCGAAUCAAACUUGAAUUAAUGCCAGUUAAUAUGAACACCUCUGAAAACCGUGACUUUUUUAAUCAUAUUUUUCAAGAUUAUUUGGUGCCUAAACUAAAUGCUAAUAUGGUUUCAAAUACUAAAAAAUUGUCGAAUUCGAUGACAUAUAUAGAACAAGCUACGUCAGUGCCUUCUGAACAAAUAUUUUCAAAGGCAGGCGAUACUAUUCAGACUAAACGUGUAUGUCUUUCUGAAAAAAGCAUACAAGCACUAAUAUAUACUGGCUCAUGGUUGGAACAUAGCAUUAGAUUUCAAAGGGAUUGA